CAUAGAAGCGCGGCUACCAAUGCCCGGUAUACUGAUUUCAUUCACACGUGAGUUGUACGUGAGAUAUUUCUUGUGUUGCUUUACGUUUAUUGUGGAUUGUAAGUUAGAAGUUGUUGGAGUUAUCGCUAGUUAAAGGUAUCAAACAUGUCAAACGGCCCUCUCUGCCGGGUGUUAUCUAUUCAGAGCCACGUUGUCUCUGGGUACGUCGGGAACAAAUCUGCAACGUUUCCGCUACAAGUGUUAGGCUUUGAAGUUGAUACAAUUAAUUCAGUUCAAUUGUCAAAUCACACAGGUUAUGAACAUUUCAAAGGACAAGUGCUUAACUCCAAUGAAUUGAAGGAACUUUGUGAUGGCCUAAAACUAAACAACAUUGACAGCUACUCGCAUUUAUUGACAGGAUAUGUUGGCUCAAAGUCAUUUUUGGAUGAGGUACUACAAGUCAUACACCAUCUUAGAAAUGAGAAUCCCAAACUAAUUUACGUUUGUGAUCCUGUUAUGGGUGAUAACGGACAUUUUUAUGUUCCUGAAGAACUUCUCCCUGUUUACCGGGACCAUCUUGUUCCUCUUGCGGACAUUGUUACUCCUAAUCAGUUUGAGGCAGAACUUCUCACUGGGGUUAAAAUAAAUACAGAAAAGGACGCAUUUAAGGCUAUGAAAACUCUUCAUGACAGAGGCACAAAGACAGUGGUAAUAACAAGCUCUGACUUGGGCAAAGAAGACACCCUCGUUGCUCUUGGUAGUUCUAUAAGAGGUGAUGAACAAGUUUGCAUUAGAAUGGAGAUUCCUAAGAGAGAUGUGAUAUUCACCGGAACAGGUGAUCUGUUUGCGAGUCUACUCCUUGCCUGGUCACACAAGCACCCAAACAAUCUCCAGCUGGCCUGUGAGAAAACCAUGUCGACAGUUCAAAUAAUACUCAAACGGACUAUAGAGUAUGCUAAAGCCAUGACUGGUCCUGGAAAGACAUUUACUGCGGCACAAAGGGAACUGAAACUAAUCCAAAGUCUAGAUGAUAUUAGAGAAGGCAAAAUUGUACACAAAGCGCAGAUAUUAUGAUGAUGUGGUCAUUCAUUUAGGACGUGGUCAUUCAUUUAGGACGUCUUGUGGGGCAAGGGGGGGGGGGUCUUAGGGAGCUCCUGCAUGGGGGGUGUCUUUUCUUUUUCCUCAGCUUAAAUGUCCUAGACAUUGACAAAGGAAAAGAAACUUUUUUCAUCUUUUAUUUCACUCAUUAAAUAUACUUUGUUAGAACCAUGAAUAUACUUUGUAAUACCAUGAUUACCUCAGAUUCUUUUGUUUUCUGAAGGUAGAUUACUUACGAAA